AUGUCGCCGAAAGGAUUCGCUCUUAAUUUUGCAGGGAAGUGUGUCGUUGUCACCGGUGGCAACCGCGGCAUCGGGCUCGCCAUGAGCCACGCCGCCGCUCAAGCCGGCGCCAACGUGGCGGUCAUCUAUCGUGGAUCGAAGGACGCGCCUGAGGUUGCAGAGGGCAUUGCAAAGCAGUACGGCGUUAAGGCAAAGGCAUAUCAGUGCGAUGUGUCGGACGCGGACGCUGUAACGUCGACGUUCUCUUCUGUCGACAAAGAAAUCGGGCCGAUCACCGGUCUCAUCGCGAACGCUGGAGUGUCGGUUGUGAAGCCAGCGGUCGAACUCACGACGGAGGACUUCAACAAGGUGUUCACAGUGAACGUGUUGGGAGUCUUCAACUCGGCGCGUGCCGCCGCCAAACUCUGGCAAGAGCGCAAGCACGGCGGUUCCAUCGUCGUCGUAUCAUCGAUGUCCUCCCAAAUCUACAAUAGUGCCGGCGUGGGCAAACCCCUCACUCAGAUCUUCUACAACGCGUCGAAGGGCGCAGCUUCAAACAUGGUGAAGGGUCUUGCGGCAGAGUGGGCUCCGCAUGGGAUCCGCGUCAAUGCGCUGUCGCCUGGCUUCGUAGAGACGGAUCAAACUAGCGGGAUGCCACAAGAUGUUAGGGACUACCAAGCGUCACAGACCUUACUAGGCCGCUUUGCAAAGCCGGAGAAGAUGUCGUCAUUGGCCAUUCUUCUGCUUUCAGACCGUGCCAGUUACAUGACUGGCACUGAGUACUUUGUUGACGGCGGCAAGCUCGCUUUGUGA